UUUCCAGGCUACUCGUGGGGCACGCCCAGUCGCGACUGGAGGACUCCGGAGCCGCACGGACUGCCCCCACCUAGCUUCGAACCCACGGACACCAGCAUCACGGCGCUCGCUGGGCAGACGGUGUACCUGCCGUGCAGAGUGGCGCACCUCGGUGACAAAGUGGUGUCGUGGAUCCGGUCGCGGGACCUGCACAUCCUGACGUCCGGCGUGCUGACGUACACGUCGGACUCGCGGUUCGAGGUGCUGCACGGCUCCGAGCCGGACUCGUGGACGCUGCGGCUGGUGGGCGUCCGGCACGAGGACGGCGGCCGCUACGAGUGCCAGGUCAACACCGACCCCAAGCUCAGCCUGCCCGUGCACCUGCACGUCAGAGAACCAAAUCAAAAUCAAGGUGAUUCUCCGUAUUCAUCAGACACCGGAUGGACGUGGAAGCCGGGUACGCACACAGGCGCGGCGGAGUCCCGCAUCCUGGGCCCCACGGAGCAGGUGGUUCGCGAGGGCAGCACCGUCACCUUCACCUGCGAGGCGGCCGCCCUGUCCACGCCUUCUCCGGGCGCCGCGCCACUCCACUGGCUGCACGACGGCCGGCUCAUCAGUCUGCAGGCGCAGCGCGGCGGCUUCAGCCUGGAGACGGAGCGCGGCCCGACGCUGGUGACGAGCCGGCUGACGGUGGCCGGCGUCACCGAGGCGGACAGCGGCCGCUACACGUGUCGCCCGCCCGGAGCGCGGCCCGCCACCGUCUCCCUCACCGUCAUGCUGGGUGAGCACACAGAAGCGAUGCAGGGCGCCGGGUCGACGUCAUUCGCUGUCCGGCUGUGGGGGCAGCCGGCCUCUGCGCUUCUCGGCGUCGCCGUUUCCUGCUGGUGGCGCUCCUGGGCGAUAGCCACAGCCUCCUGAGACGUCGAAGUCUGCACCAACGUCCCGCUGAGUCGGCCUGAUACAUACAGUGACUUGGAGUGGAUGCUCGGCGCUGACUUACUGUGAAAGACACUGCUGGUGGAAUAUUUUUUGCCAGCUAGCCAUCACUGACUUCACCGUCUAUGACAGAUCUCUGUCAUGUCCUUUACUUGACUUCUCGCGUGCGACAUGACUGAAACACUAGCAUCGCAGUUCGCUGGUAUAUUUCUUAACUGCCUCCGCAACACGUUGAUAACAGUCAUUUGUAACAGUGCAAAAAAGUUGAUUUGCAAUUCUAGAAUGACCUGCUACAGAAAUUGAUACUGGCUUUAAGUGCAGACAAGAUUUGCAUAUUGACAGUUAAAAAUUCAUUACGAAAUAAAAACCAACAUAUAUAUGAUCCUUUUCGGAAAUACUCUGCAUUGUGGUGAUUGUUUCGCAACUUAUUUCUGUGUAAACAUAUGAAUCUAAGGCUUAAAUAUUGGUUGUUGAGCAGGUGUCUGUCAGUACGAUAACGAGAAAAAAGUGAAGGAAGAAAUUCGCUCAUGUCAAAUUAACUUGUCAAGAUAACCUUGUACAUGUAAACAACACAGUUAAGGUGCUAAGGUGACUGCGGUAUGUCGCGGAAUCGAAGCGUCUUGAUGAUAUACAUGCCUCCCUCUUUUUAUUCACUAUUGAAAGACAUGAUCUGCCAUGUAGAUUACAGCUUCGUUGAGACCUUUGUACACGUAAAUUCCUAGAAAAUUGUAUCAGUGGCGGAAUAGUUUGGCUGUUAGGCAACACUGGCUUCCCGAUCUAUUGGCAGACUUCUUUCGCGUUAUUUAGUUGCAUUCGCAUUUGAUAAUACCUACAAAUUUAUCCUCGCAAUUCAUUACAGUCUUUAUUAACCAUGGCACAGCAUGUUAAUAACAGUGGUCUGUAAGUGUUAGUGCAAAACUGAAUUAUAAUUCUAGAAUUUGAGGAAAUAUGACAUACUGAAUAGAGAUUAAGAGACCGAUUACGUUCUUUUAUCUUCUACAGCUUUUUAUGACACAAUCACAUCAUUUAACUGCAGAAUAAGAUGUAAAUAUAAAAUGUGCCGACUGAAAUAUUCCUUUUACGAAUGAAGGCACAUACCAGUAGACAACGAGACGAUUUCACACCUCCUAAAAAAACCUCGAGCUUUACCUACCGUUGCCUUCAGGGUUGCUGACAACGCAACGGAAACCGCUUGUAACAUGUGUCUUCAGUUGUGAUUUUAUUCUUUCUUAUCAUUACGUAAAUAGCGACAUGACUACUAAAGCCGGUGCAUCAGAUAGCUGCUUAUAAUAAGUAAUCUUUAUUUACGACAGACCGUUUCGGCUGUUUGCCAUUUUCAAGUAUGUCUGCAUUGAUGUGACGUCCAUAUUAUGUCGUUAGUGGACUGUCAUAACUGUCAUUGUUUGAUUAAGAAGUAAAUGAUGUCGAUAUGUUGAAAAUCAAAUGUUAAUUACAAUGUGACAGUAGUUUGACAGUUCCAUUCUGGCGAUGUUGUAUGUUUUCAACAUAUUGACAUCAUUUACCAUCUUAUUCACACAGUGAGAGUUAUAAGACAGUCCACUAACAACAUAAGUGGACGUCACAUCAAUCUAGACGCACUUGAAAAUGCCGAUAAAACUGAAACAGCCUGUCGUAGAUAAAAAUUACUUAUUAC